CCGAUGCCAGUGCUGAUGCCAGUGCGGACGCUGCUGAUGCUAAGCCGGCUUCUACGCGUACAACGCGUUCCAGGACCAAACCUGCUUCUGCAGCGGCUCAGCCGUCGUCUGCCGCUGCUGCUGACGCCAAACCCGCGUCCAAGGCUGCUGCAAAGCCUAAAUCAGCCGGGGCUGCUAAGGCGGCAGCGAAGCCUGCAUCGAAACCCAAGUCCACUGCCAAGGGCAAGCGCGCUCGUCCCGCUGACGACGAGGACGACGAGGACGCGCCCGCGAAGAAGUCCAAGAAGGACGACGUAGAUGACGCCGACGCCGAUGUCGACGACAAGGAUGACGACAAGAAGGACGCCAAGAUGGGUCACGGUCGUGAAACGCGGUGCUGCGCCUGUUGACCCCGAGUCUGGCUAUGUCGCGACCCAUCAAGUCUAUAACGGCAUGAACACCGUCUGGGAUGCCAUGCUUAAUCAGACCGAAGUCGGCUCAAACAAGAACAAGUUCUAUGUCAUUCAGGUCCUUCAUCCAGCUGGGAAUGACAACCAGUGCUUCAUGUUCACGCGCUGGGGCCGUGUUGGCGAGCGCGGUCAGUCCAAGUCCAACCCCUUGACGUCUCCCACUGGUGCAGUCAGUGACUUCAAGAAGCAGUUCCGCGCGAAGUCUGGCGUCGCAUGGGAGAGUCGCCAUGGCAUGGUGGCUGGCAAAGGCAAAUAUACGUGGCUGGAGCGAUCUUUCGAAGAUGAGAGCGACGACAAGAAGGACGAUAAUGCUGAGAUGAAGGACUCGCCUCCGAUUGCAGCGUCCAAGCUCCACCCAAAUAUUCAGACAUUCUGCAACUUUAUAUUCAACGCGCGCCUGAUCGAUGCGACACUUUCGUCGAUGAACUAUGACGCGAACAAGUUACCUCUCGGCAAGCUAGCCAAAAACACGAUUUUGCAAGGCUUCGCCGCACUCAAGAGACUUGCAGAAGCCAUUGACCAGCCCAAUGGGGACCUCGCGAAGUCAAUGGGAGGGUUAGCCAAUGCAUGCCAGGAGCUCACGAGCCAAUACUACUCCAUCAUCCCGCACGUCUUCGGGCGCACUAGGCCGACGGUCAUUAACAAUGCCGUCGCUCUCAAGAAGGAGCUUGAUCUCGUCGACGCUUUGGGUGAUAUGCAAAUCUCGCACGAGGUGCUGAACACGGCGUUGAAAUUGGACGAGGACGGGAACCUUGUGAACCCGGUCGACUCGCAAUAUGCGUCGCUCGGGUUGACGAGCAUGGAUCCUGUUGAUCAGGGGACGUCUGAGUUUGCGCGGCUCGCGGCCUAUGUCAGAGACACGCAUGGCGAGACGCAUUCGAAUAUUUCAGCGAGCAUUGUGAACGCGUUCAGAGUCGAGCGGGCCACUGAGACUGAGGCAUGGAAUAAUGCUGGUUUCGACAAGCUUGCCGCUGGCGAGCGGAUGCUGCUUUGGCACGGAAGCCGCUCUACCAACUUUGCGGGUAUUCUCUCGCAGGGUUUGCGUAUUGCGCCUCCUGAAGCACCUGUAACGGGUUACAUGUUCGGAAAGGGCGUUUACUUCGCUGAUAUCAUGACCAAGUCGGCAAACUACUGUCACUCAUACCUGAGUGAUAACAUUGGCGUGAUGCUUUUGUGUGAAGUCGCCGCGAAGCCGUUCCUCGAGCUCAACGACUCGAGUUAUACCGCCGAUGCUGACUGCAAAGCCGCAAAGAAGCUUGCUACAAAAGGUGUCGGACGCACGCAGCCCACAGAGUGGGAGGACGCGGCCGCUGCUCUGAACCACCCCGAGCUGGGCGGAUGCCAUAUUCCCCAAGGAAAGCCUUCGAACGUCAACCCCGACGGAGCGUGGUUGCAGUAUAACGAGUACAUUGUGUAUGACCCGGCCCAAAUCAGGCUGAGGUACUUGUUGAUGGUCAAGAUGCGGUGAUGGGGCGUUGGUUGCUUUUUGGCUUUGCCGGAUAUCUGUAUAGAUUUGUUCUAAUCCUUGUUGUUGGUAUCCUUGGCUUCAACUGUUUGUUCAUACGAGUUUAUAUGAUUAUGUCUAGAAUCACCCUUUAUGUUAUGCCACCAGGGCCUCUGUUCAGUUCUUAAGAUAAGGCAUUGGUUGUCUU